AUGGAGGAACCAGCAAUAGCGUCAACCACCAUGACGUUGACGCCGACGUUUGGGACAAUGGAAGGAUUCGAGGCCUUUCGCCAAAAGGUCCGGACUGAAGACCGGUUCCUGUCAUUGCAAUCGGCGACCAUGACCGACUGGUGGUUGAUGAAAUUCUUUGACGGAGCACGAGGGAAUGUGGACGUUGCCUGCAAGAUGCUCGAAAAGACGUUGCAAUGGCGUAUCGACUAUGCAUACGGAGACCUUCCCAAUGAGGAUUACACUGCCGAUUACGAGACAGGCAAACUCUACUAUCAUCGGUUUGCUCUCGAUGGGACACCGGUACUGAUUUGGAGGAUUUCGAGGCAUAUCGCUGAUCCAAAGCUGAGUGAGCGGACGGUUCGAUUCAUUGUUUGGACCAUGGAUAAGGGGAUCCGAGAAGGGACCAUCACAUCCCGUAUCACCCUUCUCGUCGAUCGCUCAUCAAGCGCCCAACAAAACAUUGAGAACCUCCACUUUUUCCGGCUUCUCACGUCAAUCCUCCAGACCCACUUUCCCGAAAUGCUCCAACGGAUUGUUAUAUUCCCCACCAACUGGCUUCUAUGGACCGUCUGGAAGGUCGUCAAACCCUUUUUGGAUGUAACUGUGGUCGAAAAGGUUGCGUUGGUGGGGCCAAAGGAAGUUACCAAAACGUUGGAGACAGUGUGGUCAGGGGAGGACUGUCCUGAGAGAUAUGGUGGGAAAUGUGUUGAUUGGACGGAUGACGGGGUUGUUGGAGACGGUGUGGAGAGUUUGAAGGAUUCUGCGGUUGCGGUUGAGCUUUUGACUGGGAGUAGCGACGAUGGCGGCAAAAAGGGCGGAGACGGAAGCAGUAAGGGGUGGGGUGUUGGACGAAUGAAGAAGAUGUUGAGUCAUGGAUCCGAGAAGGACUCUUAA